AUGGUUUUUAGAUUCUUGAAGUCGCAUGUGGAUAAUGCUUAUCCUACUACACCCUUAAAAUUCCAGGGAAAGGAUUCCGGAGAGGCCACAUUUGAGGAUAUCCUAUCACGUAAAGUUCCAGAGUUGUAUAAAGGUGCUUCGUUCUGGUAUAAUCCUCUAUUACCGUCAGGAGACUUCCAGACAGCAUACACGGGGGUCAGAACGUUCGAUAAUGUUGAUAAGGUUUGGUACAAGAGACGCAUUUUGACUAUUGACCUGGAGAGAAAGCUAUACGAGGUUGAAGGUGAAAAGUUGAAGUACGACGAUUGGGAAGGCAGAAGUACGAUAGCGGUUGAUUAUGUGGUUCCAGAGGGAAAGCAGGAUCCGGAUCACGAGAAAUAUAGACCAGCCAGUCAAACCAAGGAUCUUCCACCCAGAACCGAGUAUUUGAAUCCAGAACACGAGCAGGAGCUCUUGAACGACGACUCCAGGCCAUUAGUGAUUGCAUUACACGGAUUAUCUGGUGGUUCUUACGAAUCGUAUAUCAGGGCAUUUUUGAGUAAGGUUACCGAUAAGCCGUACGAUUUUGAUGCAUUGGUGUUGAAUUCACGAGGAUGUGCCAACCACACAAUUACGUCCCCCCAAUUGUUCUGUGGGUUGUGGACAAACGAUUUACGGUACUUGAUAAACGAGCACAUUAGACCUAACUGGCCUAAUAAACGAAUUUAUCUUAUAGGAUUCUCAUUGGGAGGAGCAAUUUGUGCUAAUUAUCUUGGGCAAGAGGCUGAUGAUGUAUAUCACAACAUCAAGGGUGGUGCUAUCAUGGGUUCUCCAUGGGAUUUUCCCGAUUCAUGUAUUCAAUUGCAGUCUAGUUUACUUGGAAGUCAUAUCUAUUCACCAAAGAUGUGCAAUAAUUUGCUAGAUUUGUUGAACGAACACUACGAGGGCCACUUACGAAGCAACCCGCUAGUCGAAGCAUACAAGAAAAAUCCAAAAAAUUUCAAAUUAGGUAAGUUGAAGGAUUUCGAUGAUAAUUUUACUUCAAAGCUUUUUGGCUUCAAUUGUGCAGACGAAUAUUACAGAUAUGCAUCCCCUAUUCAGAGAUUAUUAAAAGUUAGAGUUCCUCUCAUCAUAGUCAAUUCGAUUGACGACCCAAUUAUUGGAUAUAGAACGCUCCCAUUCAACGAGGUUAGAUUAAAUCCAUUCACAGCUCUUGUGACGACUACCACUGGAGGCCAUCUCGGUUGGUUUGACUAUAAAGGAAACAGAUGGUACGCUGAGCCUAUUUCUAGAUUAUUCAAAGAAUUGGAUGACAAUUGGUCUUUUAAUAAGGCAAAUGUUGAUGAAAACGACUUACCUUUUGACUCUUCAAAGUUCUGGAGAUAUGAUAGAAUAGUUAUGUAA